UUGGUUGAAUCUGCGGAUGCAGAACCCACAGAUAGGGAGGGAUGACUGCACUUGAUUUUGGAAUUUCCUAUGCUACUAAGUUCUUCUCAUUCCUGUUCUACAAAUUGUUCAACAGUUAUGGGUCACAACAGUUUCAAAUUCCUGGGCCUAUAACCAACUUUAACACCAUCUGUCCUUAAAGUGGGCCGAAGGCAGUGGGUGCCUGCCAGUGGGCUCCAGAUUCAGACCAGAGGCCAGACUCUUGAAUUUUUAUCUUUAUUUUACUAACGUCCUACUAGCAAUGUUUAUUUUGAAGGUAGUAAAUGUCAGAAUUCUAUAGAGUCUACCUUUUAAUAUAUAUUGAGGCCAGGUCUGGUGGCUCACACCUAUAAUCUCUGCACUUUGGGAGGCUGAGGUGGGAGAAUCACUUUAGGCCAGGAGUUCAAGGCCUGCUUGGGCAACAUAGGGAGACUCUAUCUCUAUUAAACAAAAAAAAUGAGCUGGGCGUGGUAAUGCACACCUGUAGUCCCAGCUACUCCUGAGGCUACAGUGGGAGCAUCACUUGGGCCCAGGAGGUCAAGGCUGCAGUGAGCUGUGUUCACACCACUGCACUCCUGCCUGGGUGACAGAGUGAGACUCUGACUCAGAGAGAGUGUGUGUGUGUGUGUGUGUGUGUGUGUGUGUGUUGAAGUUUUUACUUAAAUCUAUUUAAUGUUUAUAAUCAACUAGGCAUUAUUCUAACUGCUUUACAAAUAUUGGCACAUUUAAUUCUCAUGAGAACUCUGAGGACAUACUAUUUCAUUUUACAGAUGAGGAAACUGAUAUAUAAAGUGAAUGUGGAAUGAGCCUGAAGUGCUUAUGAUAACUUUUUAUAAAUUCUGCUAGUCUUAAACUGAUUUUCCUUUUCCUAAGGGUAUUUACAAGGAGAAAGAAACAAGGAUAAUUUCUGUAUCUUUUACACCUCUUUUACUUAAAUUCUAUUUUAUAAAAGCUCCUCAGAAUACUUGACCUGAGCUGCUCAUCCAAACUGCCAUAUUAGUCACACUCUAUGCAUCAUACCUACCAUUCUUUAAUGCAUUGUAUUCAAAUUCACCAGGUCCUCCUUUAAACACACAGAAAGCAAAGAUUAAUGGAAGAUAUCUGCACUUGGUUGGAAGGAAGCUACUAAGGGAGACACACAAGUAAAUAGUUGAACUGUGUGUUCGCAGACAGGAAGGAACACUUUACCCCUCAAAGUGCAAGAACAGUGGCAGGAAAUCUUCCUUGAUGGGUCAUCCUUGCACGAAUCUUGAAGGGGAAAUACGUAGUUCACCAGGCAGACAAGCAAAGGAAGACUUCCCAGGACUGUCAGGUACAGAAGCACAAGCAUAACAAAAGUAUAUGAAAUCUGGGGAACUUCAGGUAGUAGUCCAAUGUGGCUUAUGGGCAGGCUAUGUGUGGUGAUAAGAGAUAAUUUUCAAAAAAGAGAAAAUAAUGGCUGUCAUAGAUGAACAUGUAUUAAAGAUUAUAUUCUCCCAUCAGGCAGAUUUUAUAAACAUUGGUUCAAAGGAUAAGUCCAAACAACAAACAUUCUAGACCAGGAAUGAAAUGAAUGUGGAAAUGGAGGCAAAACUGGCUUCUUCCACAGUGAAAAUGAGAAGUCAAUUAAACUUCUAUUGGACAGAAUUUGGAUUUCUAUAGACCGUUAUUUUGUGUUGCUAUCGCUUAUCUAUAAUUUACAGAGUUGUAAAAUAACUCCCAUAGAAUCAGAAUCAGAUAAUUCAUAACGGUGACUUCUAUGUAGUUUUCCAUCAAAGCACAACUUAUACCCUACAGUGGCAGUAAGAGAAAACUAGUUAAUUUUUCAGAGGCCACAUCAGAUAGGGUCGCAGAUACCACACUAAAGUUAGGAUUUCUGUUAGUUUUAGUCUUUGAGCAAAAGAAGUUCAUGAAAGGUCAAACUGAGAAGUGCUAAGAUCUCCUGUCAUCGGAGAGGCAUGGCCUGGCAAGGAGGUGGACGUUUGACUGGAAUAGCUCAAGGAUGGAUUCAGAGGCUUGAUGCAGUAGGUCAGUCAAGAAAGUCUGAGGGCCAGAGCCAUGGUAAUGGCAAACGGGAGAGUGGCUGACAAACAAAAUACAGUCAAGUAGGUCUAGUGAAAGUGGAUGUGAGGGAUGAAGUAGAAAGAAGGUUGUCUCUGAUGGUUUCUAGGUUUCUGGCUUAAACAAUUAGGCGCAUGGUGGCGCAUCCACCUAUGUGAAAGGAGCAAGCUUGUGAGGAGCGAUGAGCUGGUUUGCCCAUCUGAGUGUGAGGUGCCUGUGGAAUAUGGAAUAUCCGGGUGAAUAUAUCAGGAAGGCAGUUAGCCAGGGGCUUCUAGGAGACUUGGUGUGGAGUUACAAGCCACUGGCUGACCGUGGCCUUUGCGAGCAGCCAAGGCGCGAGGAGCAGCAGCUGGGAGAAUGAACCCUGAACGGUUCCAGGAAGCUCAGCCUAGUGGAAGGGCCAACGGAGGCCUGUGAUGUGAUAAGCCCCACUACAGUCCCUCGCAAUGAAAUCGGGCGCGGCCACUGCCUCCCUCGGGGCUUCGCGAGAGGUCCUCCAGAAAGACGCUGGCACGGAACUCGCGACUCUCCUGCCGGUUGGAUCCCGAAGCACCAGCCGGGGCCCCACACACGAGGCCCCACUUCCGCUUACGCGCCCCACUUCCGCUUCCGGCCCCGGGCUGUGGUGACUGGCGGUGUGGGGUGGGUCAGAGGGCAGUAGGUGCCUCCCGGCGGGAGCAGCCUUUGCACCGCGGUGGGUUCCUGCGAGCUGGUGCAGAGGGGCCCCGGCGGGCCGGCCCCGGGGCACAUGCGACGACCUCCACCCCUAGGCCCCACGACGGCCUCAGGGCCUGAAGGCAAUGUGCGAAACCUGCGGAAGCGGCAGGCGCCAGGGCCAGGCGCGGGAGUCUGCGGCCCUGAGGCCGGGGGGCGCGGGGAGAAUAAGCAAAAGAGGAGAAUGGUGGUCCGGGCCACCCCUGGGAGAGGCGAGGUGGAAAGUGAUAAGUCGGUUGCAGCAUCAGGGGCUGGAAAGGCCGCAAGGCGUCGGGUGGAGGGGCGCAGGGGCCAGGUAAGCCCGUCAGACUCGUCAGACCCGCGAGGCCUAGAAGCAGCAAAGGAGGCUGAACUCCCCUUGCAAACGGAAAGACACACCAAGGAAAAAAGAAAAGUUACUGAAGCCUCAAGUGAUGAUCCACAGCCAGGGCUUGACCUGGUAAGAAAGGAAUCAUUAACCAGUUCGGAAUCUUUCCAAACAGUGGAAUGCUUGCAGUCUUUGGGUAAGGAAAGUAUAGUAGAAGGUAUUAAAAGAAGAAUUCGAAAUAAAAAACUUAAAAGCUUAGAAAACCCACCUCUCAAAAUAACCGAAAAUGAGGCUACACAAAAUAUUAAGGUUGAAUUCCAAGAUGAACUGUACAAGAAUACUCCAAAAUAUUCUUGUAACAUCUUGUCACCUGAAGUAGAAAAUAAUUCCGUUUUAAAAUUACGUAAUUGCAAUUGUUUCCCCCAUUCCAAGGGUUGUAAUGAUGAAAACAACCGGCCAUAUAAGCCUGAUGGUGGAUGUAUGCAUGUAGCAGAAAAUUUCUCAAAGAAAGAAAACCUUAGGAGUCUUGCAGAGAAGAGUGACACAAAUAGUAUUCCUCAGCUCUUACAAACCGAAGAAAAUGUAAUGGGAGUAAAUAAGUUACUACCAGAAGAGAAUGAUUUAUACCAAAGUAAAACCAAUGGCUUGCUUUCCUGUCUUCAACGUGAAAAAAAUAAAUAUUCAAUAGAGGAGAGCAGUGUUGGGCGAAAACCCAGGAAAAGGAUGAAGUUGUCUGAAAAAGCAGAUGAAACAGUUACUGAAAUGAACUUCUCUAAUGAGUAUAACAAGUCUGAGUUGAUGUUGCAAGAAAAUCAAAUGAUUGCUGAUGGUAAAGAAGCAGAGACUAAAAGUCCUUUAAAUGUUUUGAGAAAAGUAAGCCAUAAUACAGUCUUUUUGAUGGAUCAUUUAUUAAGUGUCCCAGAAACAGUAGAAAAAGAAACAAGUUCUGAACAUCAUGUAAAUGCUGUGUUUCAGAAAACCAUUGAACCACUUUUGAAAGAAGAAACAGAGAAUGCUUCAGAGCCCUUGGGAUAUGAAAGCAUGGCAUCGAAAGAGGAUUUUAGAUCGAUGAAAAGCUUCAUGGGGAAAUCACCUAAUGAGUACCAUAUUGAAAGGAGAUCUUCACGGGAAGACUUAAGAAGUGCAUCUGAAGAAUUGAAGUUAAGCUGUCAGAGAACAAUACCUAUGACUGGUAAAAGAACUUGGCCCUAUUAUUCAUGUGCUAGAAUAUCUGCCUGGUGUUGGAAAAAGGCUUCCUUGCCAGAAUCAAGUUACUUUCUUCCUGGGUCUCAGGAAAGUUGUAGGCAAGUUGAUGUCGCUAAACACCAAACAAACCAGACCCACUUAACUGACUCCAAAUUAUUAUUACAAAGUUCCUUAACAGAAACAAACACUGAAUCUUCAAGUAAAGAAAAAUUAGAUUCUAAUUCUAAUUGUUUGUCUUCAGUUUCUGCAGUAGAACCUACUUUAAUGGUUAUAAAGGAAACUAUAAUCAAGGAUGAUAAAAAGAUAAAAUCAGAGGAACUGGGCAGAAGUGGAUCAGAGGUAAUUUCUAACACUACUGAAGAUACUCAAUUAACCAGUGAGACUCAAAGCUUAACAGGAAAUAAAAAAAAAGAUAGAGGAAAUUUAACAAAACUUAAUUUGACAGCAACUUCCAAAGAUGGUCAGGAAGCAAAUAACUCUACAGGCAAAACUAUUCAUCGAAAAGCAUGCAUUGCUCAACAAACAUUUAUAGUUCCAGACUUGGUUAAAAUACUGAACACAGGACGGCUGACUAAUUUUAAAAUUCCUUUACUUAAGAAUAAAACAGAAAAAAGAAAAGAAGUAAAUGCCAAGUCAUCAGAGAGAGAAGCUUACAGUCCUCUAGAACUUCUGGACAAUUUAUCUGGCACAGACGUAAGACAGAAUAGGAGUAAAAAAAAUGUCUCCAUGACGAUGUUAGGACCUCAAACUUUGAGCAUACGAAAUAGUGUAACUCCAGUGCAAGCUAGUUCUGACUCAUUCUACAAUAAGAAUUCCUAUAGUAUUUCUCCAAGCUUUACAAAGCAAGGUAACAAUAGCAAACCAUCUAAUCACGUCUCUGAACCAGGCAAUAUUGUUUCUAAUAAAGAAGUUGCUUCUCUCACAGCUGAAAAUAAUGCUUUUUCUUGUGAUCCUGGGUAUGUAGAGAAAAGUCCUUCCUUCUGCUGUAAUGAAGAAGAAACAUUCCGACCAGUUUCCGGUGAAGUUAGGGGUAGAAAAAUAACUAAGAAUUUUUCAGAAGUAGGGUUUCCAGAUAUUCUUAAAGCAUAUGAAGAUGACGUCCUCUUAAUUGAUGUAAUUCAAGAUGACCCAGACCUCUUUGGAGUCUCCAAUGAAGGGGAGCUCUCAUUUACUUCAGAGGUCCCCAAGAUAAGCCAGGAGCCCAAUGUUGCUGGAGAGCACCAAUCAACAGACUCCAAGUACAUGGAAACUCCAGUAAAAAAAGAACCAAGUGAUGCCUUAAGAGAACUGCCUGUACUGGACUGUGGAUCGAUAAAGCCAGACAUCUGUGCUUCCAACUCAGCAGCAAGUGAAAUAAAACAUGAUCCCAAAGAUGCAAACACUUCCUUAGGAGAAGUUGCUAAUGAGACCUCUGAAAAUGAAACACUGGGAGACUUCAGUGAACAAAUAAAAAGUUCAGACUUGGAUGAAAAGCAUAGAUUUACAGACAAAGUGAUUACCAAAGAAGAAAAAGAAAAUAUUUAUGAAGUUUGCAAAAGCAAAGAUUCUAGAAAUGCAGACAUUAUGGUUGGCGAAUGUCAGUUUGCAGCACCAGUCCCGAAACCUCUGUGUUUAUUAGUACCUCCUUUGAAUCUAAGUGGUCGUCAAGAAGACACAAUACUGAAUACCUGGAUGAAUGAUUUCAGAUUUCUGGGAAAACAUUCUGUCCUAAAGCUGCAGAAUCCUGAAACUUGUGAAAUAUUUAAGAGGGAAAAAAAUGUGGGGGUGUUCCAGAAGUCCCUAGGGUUGAUGAUACCCUAUAAAUAUUGCAAAUUUCAUUUUAAUACAUUACGUGGCUGUGAGCGACCACUGUGCAAGUUUGCUCAUGUGCCUGAACAAGGGGAUGAAAAGGUUUGCAUGGAUGUGUUUAAGAAAUAUAUAAAUAUCAAUGAACUGUGUUUGCUACAGCGUGCAGUAAACGUAUUUAUGGAGUACUACAGAAAGUUUCCCCCAGGUGUAUACUUUGAUUUACAAGUGCUAAAUGACCUUCUAAAUUCUUUACUCAAACAUUGUUUGUUGAAAGAAGUAUUUCAGAUAGUGAACCUCAGCAUAAUGGUUAAAAUGCUGCCUUCUCUGAAAAUAUUACUAAACAUAUUUGAGUAUGUGGCAACUAUGAAAUUAAGGAAUGCUGUACCUGCUUUAAUUGAUAUCUUUUGCAAGCUUGUUGAAGCCGGGAUGGUGCUUGACCCAGAGCACUUUAACUAUAUUGUUAAGCUUUUAUACCAAGUACAAGCUUCCAAACAAGAAAUAACUGCAGUUCUGGAAAUGAAAUCCAGGUUACAGAUGAGGCAAUUUAAAAAGAACUGGAAGUGUGAUUUAGAUUCAGCCUUGAAUAAAUUAGAGCUUUGUAAAGAAAAAGGUGACUGGACCAAAUUGGGAAAAUUAUACAUUAACGUAAAAAUGGGCUGUGAAAAAUUUGCAGAUUUCCAGACAUUUUGUGCUUGCAUUGCUGAAACACUCACAAAAAACUAUGAAGAUGAAAGACCAGAUAUUCCCUUUUGUGAAUUUGCUGAAACAGUUAGCAAAGAUCCACAAAACAGUAAAGUAGAUAAAAGUGUACUGGGAAGAAUUGGAAUCAGUGCUAUAUACUUCUAUCACAAGCUGUUGCAGUGGUCCAAGGGAAGGAAGGUCUUAGAUAAACUAUAUGAAUUAAAAAUACACUUUACAAGUUUAAAAGGACUUAUAGGGCCUGAGAAGUUAGCAUCAAGAUGUCAAAUUGUGAAUGUUGCAGCAGAAAUUUUUCUAAAAAGUGGAAGCCUAGAUGGUGCCAUUUGGGUAAUGAGGGAGUCAGAAUGGAUAAUCAAUACGCCUCUGUGGCCUUGUGAUAGACUGGAUGUGCUUAAUCGACAUAAUUUACUCUGUACAAUUGCACAUGAAAUCUUAGCCAAGAGCCUUUAUAGACAGACAUUUGAAGUUUUGCAGAAUCUACCAGGUUUUCAAAAUUCCCAAGAAACUGUGGAAGUCUCACAAUAUAGCCUUCUUUUUAAUAAGCUUCUAGGUUCCUGUAUAGAAAGCAGUAGUCUUGGUAUGUCAUCCUCUGUGGCAGAAUUCAUGAUUUCAAAGAGCAUCCCUAUUGAUUUUUGCUUUCUCAGAAGAUUAAUUACUUCUUUAGGAAGGAGUCGUUUAUGGCUCAAAGCCAGAGCCCACUACAAAAGUGCUCUUUCCUUGGGUUGCUACCCACCAUUGGAAGGAAAUUUAUACCGAAAACUUCUUCUAAUUCCAUCUUAUUUAUCUGAGAUUGAAAUGCUCUUAGCUAUUGAAAUCUUCAUGGUAUCUAAUGCUAGUAGUAUUCAGAGUCCUGGAACUUCUACACAGAUACUGCAGAUAGUUUUGAAAAGGUGUGAAGACAACCAGUCUCGGAGCAAUGAUGAUUAUCAAGCUGCAGUAGAAAGGUUAAUUAUGGCUGCUCGUAUAUCAGAUCCAAAGCUUUUCGUUAAACACAUGACUGUCAAUGUUAAUAAGGAACAGGUUUAUAGUUUGGAACACUGUUCUGCCCUGAAAUGGUUAAAAGAGAAUAUGAAGUGGGCUGGAAAGGUUUGGCUUUUCAGUAACCAUUAGCUAAUAAAGUCUGCUCUUCUUUUUUUUUUUUAGUUCAAGUAAUCAUUGUUGAAAAUAAAAGGCAAUAAAAAUAGACAGUUUUCACUAUA